AUGGACGGACAUUCGAUGAUGGCUCACUUCAGGGACACGCUACGCUCCGAAAUCAAGGAGCCGAUUGCCAAGGUUUUCGCGGACGUGAAGACGUCCAUCGACAAUGUGCGCAGGGACGUCGAGAGGCACGAGGGCCGUCUCAACAACAUGGAGCAGUCAGUCCCGUCGGGGCCGAAGAGGGCGAGCGACAAGAUCUGCGUGACCAUCGGUGGUUGGGAUCGGGACACACCGCGCGACACCAUUCUGAACGAAACUCGCUCGUUCACCCACACGAUUCCCGACAAAGCAGAGGAUGGCGUGUUCGUCCCAGUCACGCGUGCCAGCUUCCUGAAGGUCAGAUUCACCAGCUCGGGGCGCAUGUGGGCCUGGGCGCGUUCUAUGAAAAAAGGGAAGCAUGUUACUAUGCCGCAGCCUCAUCACCUGGGUCGACGAUUUUGGUUCUCUGUGGAGAAGCCUUCGGAGGAGAUUCGGCUUUCGAUGGUGAUCACGCGUGCGAGGAAGGAGUUGGCGGACAACCUACUUGUGCAGGCAGCGGGCCUCGAGCUGGACUACAUUCGAGGCAUCACCUGGUGGAACCAGCGCAGAUUCGGCGACAUGGCGAGGACCACGGGCCUCAUGAGUUUCAAGGAGCACGUUUCGGCCGAGAUCGGCGCCCAUAUGGGUGUGCAGCUGAGCCUAGUCGACUUCCAGGCAAAGAAGUCCGAGGAGCAAAUGAGCUCCAAGCUCAGCUGGAAUGCUCAGGGUAUUGCAAAGCACGACGCCGAGUAUUUCGCGGUGACGCUGCGCGAGCAGCACGAUUACGACGGCAAGACCACGAAGCUAGAGGCCGGCGAGGGCGACCUCUACUUGGUCACGCCGCGGGUCGAGAGGCAGGAGCAGAUGUAG